UACGAGAGCUGAGCGAGUGCGGACGCGCGUAGCGGACUAAACAGGAGAAGAACCGUUCGAGCGAAGUUCAAGCAAAUAACAAAACGCGUGCCAAAACCAACAACAACAACAGCAGCAACAGCGCCAAAAAAUUGCAACUGCAGCAACAGCAAGCAGAGCAGUGCGUGCACGCGUGUGUGUGUGUGAGAGAGAGAGAGAGAGAUAGAGACAUCAGUCAAGCAAAGCCUUUAGGCUUGCCAUAUGCGCUCGAAGGCAACUGUAAAUAAUUGUAACUGUAAACACAGUCAGUAAGUGCAAAGACAGUUGAGAGAGCUCGAAAGUUUGACACUUUGAAGCAAGCAUCGACAUGCCCGAAAUCGUGGAGCUAAAUGUGGGCGGCGUGCACUAUACGACGACGCUGAAUACCCUGCUGCAGGAGAAGGGCACGCUGCUGUGCGAGCUGUUCGAGGGGCCCGAGGGGCGCGACUCCCUGGCCAAGGACAGCAAGGGCCGUUAUUUUCUGGACCGCGACGGCGUCCUCUUCCGCUACAUACUGGACUUUUUGCGCGACAAGGCAUUGAAUCUGCCGGAGGGCUUCCGCGAACGGCAGCGCCUGCUGCGCGAGGCCGAGCACUUCAAGCUGACGGCGAUGCUGGAGUGCAUUCGCGGCGAUCGGGAUGCCCGCCCACCGGGCUGCAUCACAAUCGGCUAUCGCGGCAGCUUCCAGUUCGGCAAGGACGGCCUGGCCGACGUCAAGUUCCGCAAGCUGUCGCGGAUUCUGGUCUGUGGGCGGGUGGCGCAGUGCCGCGAGGUGUUUGGCGACACGCUGAACGAGUCCCGGGAUCCGGACCAUGGUGGCCCGGACCGGUACACGUCGCGCUUCUUCCUCAAGCACUGCUUCAUCGAGCAGGCGUUCGACAAUCUGCACGAGCACGGCUAUCGCAUGGCCGGCAGCUGCGGUUCCGGCACGGCUGGAUCCGCGGCAGAGCCCAAGCCCGGCGUAGACACGGAGGAGAAUCGCUGGAAUCAUUACAAUGAAUUUGUCUUCAUACGGGAUUAAGCAGAGCGGACGGGUUUCCUAUAAUCUUCUUAAGCUUGUGAUACGAUCCAAAAGUAAAAGUCAAAACGCCUCCUGCCAAGGCAACGGACAAGUAUUAACGAAAUCGAUAAGUUCUAUAUACGUAUAAAUUAUUUUUUACAAAUUCAUUUUCUUUUGUAUGGGAACAAAUCUGAGUAGCUCUUCCGAGCAUCGAGAGAGACUUUAGAGUAUGGUCUAGAAAGCAUCCCAAUGUCUGGCAUGAUUUAAGCCCACCUUAAUAUAUGUAUAUUCCAACAUGACAGCAUCUCAAGCGUAAACAUUAAGUAAACAAUUCCCUCAAAGGCAAACACCCGAGAACAAUCCAAGCAGAAGCCCAUUUAUUUACCAAUCAAUCAAAGCUAAUGAAAUAUACGAGGAAUUAUGGAAUCCUAUAAAGACAGGCUGAUGAAUAAUAACAAUCGAAAUUCACGCCUAUGAAAGAUGCGUAAAAGGCUAAACAGAACCCGAAACAGAAACAGGAAAUUCGGAAGUUUCGAAAUUUGAAAAUUUUAGAAUUUUGAAUUGAGCAAUGAGCGAGCUAAUGAAAGAAACCAGAAGCAAACAAACAAACAGACGUAAUUUGAAGAAAAUCUAGAAAUAAAUUUACAACAAGAACACAUAACAAAUUUAUACUUAUAUAAGGUAGGGCCAGAUUUGGAAGAAUUUAUCAACGAUCUUACGGCCACAACUACAACAAGGAACUAUUUAAAUACGGGUCACAACCAAAAUAAUGGAAAAUCAGUAAAGGAAAAUUUACUUUUAACGACUUCUUACUCACACCGAUUAAGAGAAUUGCAAACUUAGAGUAUUAGACUAUUCGAUAACAAAUGUACUCCACAAAUAGUUCAAGCAUUAAAGUAAUUAGCAAAAUCAAUUUCAAUAUUAUAUUAAAUACAUACAUAUAUAUAUAUGUUAUAUAUGUAUAUAUCAUAGUACAACAACAGAAAUACGGCUCUAGAUGUGAGUGUGCGACCGGAGAUGCCCUGAACCCUGAGCUAGGUCAUAAAAUUGUGCUGCGAAUGCCAGAUUUUUGUUGUUGUUGAGUUUUUGAAA